AUUGAUGAUUGAUAUAUGCAAUUGAUAUGGUUCAUGUGCAUUUUCAGUGUCUAAUUUAAAACUGAUUUUUCCAUUGGAUUUUGUAAAUACAUUAUAAGAUACAUGUUUUAGCCACAUAGUUUUUAAAUGUUACCUUUAACCAAACACUGUUUCUCCAGCUAAUAUGAAGUCAAAGUUUCUCAAGAACUUUGUAACUAAGAAGAGACAUUCUUAUUCUCGCCCUCUAGGAUGACUGGAACAGAAAAUACUGUUGUUGAAACAUAAAAUAGUAUUUCCAUAUCCUUUGGUUCUGCUUGAAUCAACCACAUUACAGUUUCCAUUAUAGCUUGUCAAAUUAACAAAGACUGUAGGGUUCCAGCCCUUCAUAGACUUUUCCCAGAGUCUCUACAUGUUUCCCACUGUUCUUUUUAUGUUCUGUCUUAGUACUACCCCAUGUCAGUUCUCCAUCUUAGUUCUCCUCAAGGCCCUGAGGUUUACAGUUAUAGACCCAUGCAAUCAGCAAUACUCUGCUAAAGCAAGGUCACAUGGCUUGAACUCUUUCAGGGUUAAACAGAGAGGUGAUAAGAUCCACACAAAAAGCAGUCAUUGUCAGCAUUAUUUGCAACCCAAAAGGGAGUGAUUAAAGGAGGUGGGAUCAACUAAGAGCUAAUCAGUUAAUAGAUCAAAAGGGGGAAUUUGUGUGCUCAAACUAUAUUCUUAGAAGUAGUUAGCUAAAAUAUAAGGAGUUUUAUGUUACUAAAUCAUGAGUAAAAGAAAACUGCCCCCCCAUCUUGGCUGUGCCUUUUUUUUCGUGGGGGGGGGGGUGGGAACUGUGAACUCCCAGGCUAGAUAGCCUGUGUCACAGCUUGAUGUACCUGGUGUGUGAAAGCCCCUUUGUCCUGUGUUAAAGGCAGACUUGGGCUAUGGGAGAAAGGAGGGGUUAAGCUUAAUUUGCACAAGAAAUAAAGCUUUGUACCUAACAUCCCCCUAGUCUUGGCAGUUGUCUCAGUAAGAUAUUUUUGUCUGGAGAUGCUCCUGGCCACAUACUUGCUAAUGGAGAUAAUUGCAGAAAGGCACACAGUUGCAGGAUGUUAUCCAAAUACCCCAAAUUGUAUAGGGAAAAAUUGUGCCCAGUGAAUGAUCACUCAAAUGGGAAAACUACAAUGGCACACGAGGAAUUCAUUGGAGGACACAGCUGAUAUGUUCAAAAGCUGAUAUCACCAAGAAUCCUUGAGGCUUGACUUUAUCCUCUCUUCCAGGUGGAAAUGGCCUUGCUUGUAAUGGAUGAGGAAGAGGACAGCAAGAAACACUUCAACUAUGACAAGAUUGUAGAGCACCAGAAUCUGAGCAAAAAGAAGAAGAAAGAGCGUAUGAAAAAGAAGAAGUUACUUGAGGAUAACUUUGAGGUAAAUGUUAGUGAUGCAUGGUUUCAGGCAAUGUACACUUCCCACUUGUUCAAUUUGGAUCCCUCUGAUCCUAAUUUCAAGAAAACAAAAGCUAUGGAAAAAAUUCUCAAGGAGAAAGCCCCACAGGGAGACCACAAAGAGCUACUUAUUCAAGCAGUAGAGCAAGCUCAGCAGGACAUGGAAAAGCUGGCACAGAAGCGUCCCAUAGAUCCUGCCUUGUCUUUGUUGAUUAAAUCCGUGAAGAACAAAACAGAGCAAUUCCAAGCCAGAAAAAACAGAGUCAAAUAACUGGGUGCUCUGUGAUCUCCUCAAGUACACAGAAAUAGUAUAAGGGAUAAUGGGGCUGAAGCCACCUUUCUAGAGGAUGAAAAAAAUAUCCUUUUCUGACCAUUGUUAAGUUGUUCUUCACUGGGACUGGAGAGACAGCAGCUCAACAUUAAAGAAUGAAGGUGCUUAUGCAGAGCGUCUAAGUUUGCUUCCCAGCACCCACAUGGCACGUCACAGCCAUAUGUAAUUCCAGUUCCAGGAGAUCCAGUGCCUGUCGUGGCCUCUAUGAGCAUUGUGUGCCCAUAAUACCCACACAAACAUAAAUGCAGACAAAAUAGUCACACACAUAAAUGUUUUUAAAAAUGUUCCCCUUACAUAAUUGUUCUAAUCGUAAAUAAUUCACAUUUUAUACUGUGUAUUUCUACAGAUUUGUCAUAAUAUAAUUAUGUGAACUAUAGAAUUUAUAAGUUUUUUAUAUUGUAUGAAGUUCAUUUCCUACAAGUACAGUGUUUGUUACUCUAAUUUAGCUUUCUAGGAGAUUAUCUACAAUUUAUGUAAAAAAUGGUGUCCAUUUUUCUGUGUAAAGAUUAAAAAUAAAUUUAAAAAAUACAUAUAUACAUAUAUAGUGCCUUAAUCUCUCUGAAGGCAGGAGGCAGAUCUAAGUAGCUAUUGAGAUAACUUAUUUUUCUAUCAAAAAGGAUGGAAACUGUGAACUUUUUUUUCCGUGCUUAGUAAUUUGCAUGUAGAACUAACUUACAAAUAAAAGUGUAAGAUGUUUUUACUA